AUGUGGUGGUUAUUGGUGAUGCUGUCUCUGUCGCUGGUGGAGGGGACUCCGUGUGAGGAGGCUCGCAUGAGGUGCGCCUACCGUACAGGCUGUGGGGCUGCCUUGAACAACUACAUGUAUCUGUGCAACGAAGUACUGUCCAAACCUACGUCCGUGUGCCCUAAAGCAUGUGAACACGCCCUAAUAGCUCUGACGUCCACUGAGGAAGGGAAGGAAUUGAUGAAUUGCCAAUGUGAAGACGAGUAUUGUGGGGAGGCGAAGCAGAGGAUGGAAGUUUGUCGUCCUCAGGUUUUGAGAGGAGCUGCUAAUGCUACAAACUCCUGUAGACUCUCACAACUAAUCUGUCUAGCAGACGCCCAGUGUGCCACCGCCUUAGAUUACUACAACCAGCUAUGCCGCUCAGUGUACCGGGGCAGGAAAUGCUCUAACAAAUGCCUUAACUCCAUAGAAAUACUUAGAAAACAAGAGAAAGCCGCUGCCUUAACUGUCUGCAGAUGCGACGGUAAUGAAGACUAUGAUUGUCCAAGGAUGCAGAACAAUUUAGCCAGGCUGUGCUUCCACAAACAUUUGAAGAACCACACUAAGAAUCACGAGAGUAGAUACGAAGAGAAACUUAAGAAGCAUCACCACCAAGUGGUAGCGUCAGCUGCAGAGACCAUUCCAUUAGCAAAAAUAUUAAUUAUAAUAUGUUUAUCAUUGCGUGUAGCUUACACGUGA